UCGUUGUUCAACAAAAAAGAAGCAAAUUUUUUUUUUCCUUUGCGAUUAUCUCAUACAUCAGCAACAAAUUAAUAGACCAUGUGGCAGAGAACUAAAGUUUUAAUAAUCUCAUAACUCAGCAAAGGAAUAAUCUAAAUCUUGUAUUCAAUGGAUAGAAACUGCGGACACUCAGGGCCACGCAACCGACUUCGUCGCUAGAUUCUUCAGCCAUGCCGGUCUCAUGUCCUUCAUCUCAAUCUCUCGCUCUGUUUCAGUGUUUGGAUCUACAAAGCUUGUGGAAGAACUGUGAAUCCAAUCAACAGAGCAAUAGAAUGUUGUAGACAGAAACUGGAAUGUCUACCAAGCUGGGUUGAGAUGGUGAUUCGAGGUGGUUCCUUGAGACCCAUUCCAAAGCUUCUCUCGCUCAUGGUGGUGAUUCGUUGGGUUUCAAUUGGCUACAUCUGAAGAAGCAUAGAGUUAUGAGAUGAUGGUUGGAUCAUUAACCAAAUCCCUAACUCUGAUUGUCCUGUAAUUAAACAGAUAAGAUAACGAUCGGGUCAUUUUUAUUUAUCCGAUUGGGUUUUGGACCUGGGCGGGUUAAACUUUAAAAAAUUCGACCGGGCACCAAAACAUUUUAAGUAGAUCUGAUUACACCCCAAAUGAUGAAUUCCACAGCUCAUUCUCUGAUAUGUUACGCGAGUCGUUCUGUUCCUUCCGUGUGCUUGGACAAAUCAAUCAAAAUGGCGAAAUCAACAACGCUUCUUAGCCGCCCGCAGUUCUUCCACACUCUUCUUCCUGGCUUUCAAACUCACCUCACGAUUCCGUCAGACUUCUUCUCGAAUUAUAUCAAGGACUUGGAGACGACUACUGCGGAGCUCAAAUCGGACUCCUCCCUCGACAUAACCUGGAAAGUCAAAUUGACUGGUCGGAUACUUAAUGAUGGCUGGGGAGACUUCGCCGUCGCUAACAGUCUUCAGAUCGGCAACGUCGUCCUUGUCCGAUACGAAGGAGGUACUGUCUUCCAUGUUUCUGAUCUAGGACCCAGUUUCUCUCAGAUCCGAGACAUUAAACCUCCAAAACAAAACAUUGAUGAUGAUGAUGAGGUUCCUUUAAACAAGAAAGUGAAGACCAACAUUUAUGAAACUGAAGCGGAUUCUUGUUUGAAGGCCUUUCUCACAGAUUCGAGUCUACACACUGAUACACUGCAUUUUACAAGCUCAAAUGCUCUUUCAAGAAACUGUUCUGAAGCUCAUUCCGCACAACUUAGCAAUGAGGACAUGGAAAGAGAGAGGGAAGAAGACGAGUCAUUAAUAAAGAAGAAGCUUAAGCCGAAGCAAAGACCUGUGUCAUAUUCAUCAUAUUCACCAUGUCAUAAGCGAUUCGUAACGUUUACGCUCCCGCCUGAAUAUUCCACACUUUGUAGAUUGACUCUUCCAAAUCUAUUCGUCAAGGAGAAUGGCAUCAGCACGCCUGCGGAGAUAUGUGUGUUGGGUAAAGAUGGUACAAAGUGGCCGAUCACCCUUCUACUUGACAAGAAAGGAAUAAUGAGUUUCGGAAAGGGUUGGAAAGAAUUUGUCAAAGCAAAUGGGCUAGAGACAGGAUUCACGCUCAAGUUGAUGUGGGAAGACACAACUCCUUCGUUUAGUUUAUGCUGUCCAGAAUCAGCGAGUGACAAAGAUGAAGAAGAGUGUUUAGAAUCUAUCAAGAAACAGUCUCUUUCAAUAGAUAGGAGAAUUAGAGACAAGCCCGGCAAACGUAAGAAUAACAAAGAGGAGAAAAAGUCAUGGGAAAGAGAAAAGAUUCAUCUGAGAGGGAGAGAUGUUGGUGAUUUUGAGGAGGUUCCUAUAAACAAGAAAGUAAAGACGGACAGUCAUGGAACAGAUGCGGCUUCUUCUUCAUUAGACAACUCAUGUUUUGUGGCCUUUGUCACGGAUUCGAGUCUAGACACAGAUACACUGUAUCUUCCACGAUAUUUUACAAGCUCAAAUGGUCUUACAAGAAAAUGCCUCAAGAUUGUUUUAAUAGAUGGUGGGGGAAGAUCAUGGGCAAUGGAUCUGAGCUUCAACGAAUCUUCUGAUAUUUUCUACAUAAGCCCGGGUUGGAGAAGUUUCUGUGACAAAAACGGUCUAGAAGCAGGAGGUUUCUUUACGUUUAAACUAGUGGGAAACGAGGAAACUCCUGUGCUCAGUUUCUGCCCUAUGGUAUCCAUCGAUAGUAGAAGCCAAAAAGAUUGUUUUGAAGCUCAUUCCACAGAAGUUAGCAAUGAGGAAGAGGAGAUAGAAAGGGAGAGAAAUGAAGAAGAGACAUUAAUGGACAUAGAAGAAAAGAAGAAGAGUAAACCGGAGCAAAGACCUGUGUCAUAUUCAUCAUAUUCACCAUGUUAUAAGCGAUUCAUAACAUUUACCCUCCCACCUGAUUAUGCCACACUUGAUAAAUUGACUCUUCCAAAGCUAUUCGUGAAGGAGAAUGGAAUCAACAAGCCUGGGGAGAUAUAUCUGUUGGGUAAAGAUGGUACAAAGUGGCUGACACGACUUCUACUGGACAAGAAAGGACUGAUGAGACUGGGAAAGGGUUGGAAAGAUUUUGUCAAAGCAAAUGGGGUAGAGUCUGGAUUCACGCUCAAGUUGAUAUGGGAAGACGCAACUCCUUCCUUUAGUUUAUGCUGUGCAGAAUCUACGAGUGACAAAGAUGAAGAAGAGUAUUUAGAAACUAUCAAGAAACAGUCUCUUUCUAUAGAUCGGAGAAUCAGAGAUAAGAUUAGUAAAGUUGAGAAUGACAAAGAGGAGAAAAGGUCAUGGGAAAGAGAAAAGAUUGAUAUGAGAGGGAGAGAUUCAACUACAUCGAGCCAAAAAGAUUGUUUUGAAGCUCAUUCCACAGAAGUUAGCAAUGAGGAAGAGGAGAUAGAAAGGGAGAGAAAUGAAGAAGAGACAUUAAUGGACAUAGAAGAAAAGAAGAAGAGUAAACCGGAGCAAAGACCUGUGUCAUAUUCAUCAUAUUCACCAUGUUAUAAGCGAUUCAUAACAUUUACCCUCCCACCUGAUUAUGCCACACUUGAUAAAUUGACUCUUCCAAAGCUAUUCGUGAAGGAGAAUGGAAUCAACAAGCCUGGGGAGAUAUAUCUGUUGGGUAAAGAUGGUACAAAGUGGCUGACACGACUUCUACUGGACAAGAAAGGACUGAUGAGACUGGGAAAGGGUUGGAAAGAUUUUGUCAAAGCAAAUGGGGUAGAGUCUGGAUUCACGCUCAAGUUGAUAUGGGAAGACGCAACUCCUUCCUUUAGUUUAUGCUGUGCAGAAUCUACGAGUGACAAAGAUGAAGAAGAGUAUUUAGAAACUAUCAAGAAACAGUCUCUUUCUAUAGAUCGGAGAAUCAGAGAUAAGAUUAGUAAAGUUGAGAAUGACAAAGAGGAGAAAAGGUCAUGGGAAAGAGAAAAGAUUGAUAUGAGAGGGAGAGAUUCAACUACAUCGAGCCAAAAAGAUUGUUUUGAAGCUCAUUCCACAGAAGUUAGCAAUGAGGAAGAGGAGAUAGAAAGGGAGAGAAAUGAAGAAGAGACAUUAAUGGACAUAGAAGAAAAGAAGAAGAGUAAACCGGAGCAAAGACCUGUGUCAUAUUCAUCAUAUUCACCAUGUUAUAAGCGAUUCAUAACAUUUACCCUCCCACCUGAUUAUGCCACACUUGAUAAAUUGACUCUUCCAAAGCUAUUCGUGAAGGAGAAUGGAAUCAACAAGCCUGGGGAGAUAUAUCUGUUGGGUAAAGAUGGUACAAAGUGGCUGACACGACUUCUACUGGACAAGAAAGGACUGAUGAGACUGGGAAAGGGUUGGAAAGAUUUUGUCAAAGCAAAUGGGGUAGAGUCUGGAUUCACGCUCAAGUUGAUAUGGGAAGACGCAACUCCUUCCUUUAGUUUAUGCUGUGCAGAAUCUACGAGUGACAAAGAUGAAGAAGAGUAUUUAGAAACUAUCAAGAAACAGUCUCUUUCUAUAGAUCGGAGAAUCAGAGAUAAGAUUAGUAAAGUUGAGAAUGACAAAGAGGAGAAAAGGUCAUGGGAAAGAGAAAAGAUUGAUAUGAGAGGGAGAGAUUCAACUACAUCGAGCCAAAAAGAUUGUUUUGAAGCUCAUUCCACAGAAGUUAGCAAUGAGGAAGAGGAGAUAGAAAGGGAGAGAAAUGAAGAAGAGACAUUAAUGGACAUAGAAGAAAAGAAGAAGAGUAAACCGGAGCAAAGACCUGUGUCAUAUUCAUCAUAUUCACCAUGUUAUAAGCGAUUCAUAACAUUUACACUCCCACCUGAUUAUGCCACACUUGAUAAAUUGACUCUUCCAAAGCUAUUCGUGAAGGAGAAUGGAAUCAACAAGCCUGGGGAGAUAUAUCUGUUGGGUAAAGAUGGUACAAAGUGGCUGACACGACUUCUACUGGACAAGAAAGGACUGAUGAGACUGGGAAAGGGUUGGAAAGAUUUUGUCAAAGCAAAUGGGGUAGAGUCUGGAUUCACGCUCAAGUUGAUAUGGGAAGACGCAACUCCUUCCUUUAGUUUAUGCUGUGCAGAAUCUACGAGUGACAAAGAUGAAGAAGAGUAUUUAGAAACUAUCAAGAAACAGUCUCUUUCUAUAGAUCGGAGAAUCAGAGAUAAGAUUAGUAAAGUUGAGAAUGACAAAGAGGAGAAAAGGUCAUGGGAAAGAGAAAAGAUUGAUAUGAGAGGGAGAGAUUCAACUACAUCGAGCCAAAAGCAAUUCCUGACAUUAGCAAUCACCCCUACCAGUCUCCGAUGUAAUAGAAUGCGUCUUCCAAUACCAUUCUUGAGGAAGAGUUGCAUGGACAAGCCUGGAGUGAUAUAUCUGUUGGGAAAAGAUGAUACAAAGUGGAUGGCAAAUCUUAUACAGGAAGGAGACGGAAGAAUGAAGUUGGGAAAAGGCUGGACAGCUUUUGCUAAAGAAAACGAGUUUAAGGCAGGAGAAUCCGUUACAUUGGAGUCAAUCUGGGAAGAUGAGACUCCUAUGAUCAGGUUUCUCCGUACGGAGUCUGAGAGUUCAAAAGCUAACAAGAAAGAGUCCAUUUACACGGAAGACACAGAAUCAAGAACGAGAGAUUCAUCUACAGAAAUCCAUGCCCGGUUCGUGACGUUAACACUAAAACAUGAAGAUGUCAAAGCCUGUAUGCUGAUUCUUCCUAGUCAGUUCUUGAAGGCUAAUGGCAUCAACAAACUUGGGAAGAUAACUCUUUUGGAUGAAAAUGAAGUAGAAUUGUCGGCAUAUCUACUGUCAAGAGAAGGAAUUGUUGCUGUGGAAAGUGGUUGGGGUGAGUUUUGUGAAGCUAAUGGCGUCAAGUUAGGAGAAUCUUUCACUUUGGAGUGCAUUAAAGAGCAAGACGAAACAGCUCCUGUACUUAAAGUUAUGUUCUCAGGAGGCUAAUAAAUAAAAAUAGGAUUUAAAUUGAAGAUCCCUUCGUUGAUUUGAACCAACCAAAAAGAAGAAGCUCGACGAAUAGUGAUAGUAGUCUUCAAGCUUCUUCUUCCUGGCUUCCACGGCCACUUGAAAAACUGAUCCAAAGGGGAAGAACUCAAGAGAUCAACUUCGUUGAGUUGUGUUCCGUCCCUCUCUAACUCUUGACUCAGACAUAUAAGAAGACUGUUACAACUUCGCUGCCUCAGUCUUCUUCAACAAAAAUGGUUAAAUCUGAUGGAAAAGCAUACAUUGUCCAUGCCAGACUGGUCUCUGCCACCGGAGGAGCUACUACAUAUGAUCUGCAAGAUGCUUGUGCGGAUCCGCCCUUCCCUUGCCUUCUUACCUAUUACCCCGAGAGAGUCAGAGGAUAACAUGGCGCUUCCAUAUCCUUUUCAGUGCUCAGUGAAAGUGGAGUUGCUUUUUAUUGUAUUGAAUUUUCAGAAUCUUCCAAAGAGUUUUGUGAGGGCAAAUGGUCUAGAGACCAGAUGUGGAGAUAUUGUUCUGAUGAAUGAAAAAGGUAGAUUCAUGGACUUCAGCUUUAAAACAAAGACAAUGUGGAAAAAGUUACAUCACACGAGGGUGGAGAAGAUUCUGUAGUGCCAAUGGACUCGAGGCUGGAGAUAUAUUCACUUUCAAACUCAUCAAAAGAGGAGGAACACUGGUUCUACGUAAGUCUCCCUCCCACAGAGAAUCCAAAGAAGAUGAGGGCUCAGAAGCUGAUGAAAUAGAGUCUCUUUCCACAGAAUCUGACAGCGAUGAAGAGAGCAACCAAGAUGAGAAAAGACUCAAGAGGCGUAUAUCAAUAUGGAAAGAUUGUGACACUAACUCUUAAACCUUACAAUGUCAUAAAGUGUGUACUGGUUAGUUUCAUCACUCAAAGCCAAUUGUCUUUUCCAUUCUAUUGAGUUUGAUCUUUUUUGCUUCUGAUAAAAUCUUAAUUGCAGUUUCUUCCCAAACCCUUCACGGAUCUACAUGUUAUCACUGUGGGAACUAAAAUGAGUCUGUUGGAUAAACAUGCUUGAUCAUUCGUCCAAUAUUUGUUUCUCUCUAA